AUGACCACGAUUUUAACAUCGGUACUCAUGCUGAAAAGGUGUUGUCCUGCUCGAUUCAUCGGGAGGAAAGCAUUUCGGAAUGGACGGACUACGGAGCAUCCUAGGUCCUACGUGAGGCCCUCAAUUGCACCAAAGCCGACCCUGGACAUAAAGCACAUACGACUGAAUCCGGGCUUGUACAGCCAAAACUGCGUCGAGCGCAACUACGCUAGCUUAGAAGGAAACUCAUGGCAGAUAGCUGAGCUGUUUGGUAGAUGGCAAACCUGUGAGCAUGAGGCUAGGCGGCUCCGUACUCGAAACAAUGAUCUACAAGCGAUGCUGAAACAGGUGGUCUCCAAAGGCAAAAGUAAAGCCGCAUCAACAACAGAGAUCCUAAGCAAAGAAGCGAUUAUCAAAGAAGCAAAAAGUUUGAAAGUUCCAUUGAGUGGCUUUGAGGAGGAGCAAAAGUCAAUACAACAGCAGAUAGAGGACUUAGCUUGGGGACUCCCAAAUCUUUCCAGUACCUCAACACCCCUUGGUUCCACACCGCACACUGUUGGUUAUAUCAAUGAGCCACCACCUCCAGCAGAAGGUGUCGGGAUAUCUCACGUCGAUAUUGGCACAGAGCUGCAACUAUUGGACUUCACUGCUGCUGCGACUACCUCCGGAUGGGGCUGGUAUUACCUCAUCAAUGAAGGUGCCAUGUUGGAGUAUGCUCUCAUACAGUAUGCACUCAGCGUGGCCAGGAAGCGAGGAUGGAUGGCAGUAUCUCCGCCAUCGAUUGUCUACACUCAUAUGGCGGCUGCCUGUGGAUUCCAACCUCGCGACCAGGGCGAGGAGCAACAGAUCUAUACUCUAGAACAAUUAGAGAAAGACAAAGGAAGACCUAGUCUCGCACUUGCUGGGACCGCCGAGAUACCAUUGGCUGCAAUGAAAGCAAGUCAAUCUAUCCCAGACGCGGAUCUUCCGCUCAAGGUUAUUGGCGUCAACAGGUGUUAUCGCGCUGAGGCAGGAGCACGAGGUGUUGACGCAAAAGGUCUAUACAGGGUCCAUGAGUUCACAAAGGUUGAGAUGUUUGCCUGGACUCUUCCUGAUAACUGCUCCGGUGAACAUUUUGGCGAGCCAAAGCCACAACAGUCACAACAGAUUUUCGAAGAGAUGCUCGACAUGCAGAAGGAAAUUCUGGAAUCGUUGGGAUUGCAUUGCCGUAUUCUGGAGAUGCCAUCCAACGAUCUCGGAGCCAGCGCGACAAGGAAACAGGAUAUUGAAGCAUACUUUCCAUCACGGCAACAGAAGCAUGAAGGUUGGGGAGAAGUUUCUUCGCUGUCGAAUUGUACCGACUAUCAGACACGACGCCUAGCUACGCAAGUUCGCAUUGAGAAUAAAGGUGGACGACUAGAAUUCCCGUAUACAUUGAAUGGAACAGCCCUAGCUGUGCCUAGAGUCCUCGCCUGCUUACUCGAGAACCACUGGGAUGCUGCAGAGAAGAGUGUGAGGAUACCGGAGGUACUCCGACCAUGGAUGGACGGCGCCGAAUUUAUCAAGCGUCGGUAGUGCACGUCUGUCGAAUGACAUUCAUGGAUGUACGGUAUUGACUGUAUAAACAUAUGUAUGAAGUAUUAUAUUCACUGGAGUAGGAUCGAAGCGAAGCUGAAUCAAAAUAUUCAUGGGCAGCUGUGUAGAUGCGUGACUGCGCCACACUUGGAUCGUCUUGGUGCGGCUACACUUUUCUAUUGGCGGAACAGCAGUGACCAAUCCGCAUCCGUAUAUCCAUAGUUGCAUGGGAAAGCUUGGCGCCCGAUGUUCGCCGUGUCACCAACACACACGAUUUAGUAUAAUCGACAUUUUUAUCUAUUAC